CGGAUAUUUCCAUUCAAGCGGUUGGUGCAUUGGGUUUGGCAAGUCAUCCUCAGGAGAACAUGACGUCGACGCGUGCUCGCCUGGAGCGCUUCUACAGCAAGUACAACCCUGACAAGAAAGGAGAGAUCGAUGGCGUGAUGGAGAAGUAUAAGGGUCGGGAAGCGUCUCUGUUUGAGGCGUUGGUGCGCAAGUACGGUCCGGAGCCGGACGCGAACGAGGAGAUCACGUUCGUGGACGCGAUGACGCUGCGUUUGCUGGCGUUCUAUGAAAAGUACAACCCCGACAAGGUGGCGGAGGUCCCGACUGUGCUGGCCAAGUAUGCUGGGAAGGAGAAGCAAUUGUUUGAAGCGUUGGUGAAGAAGUACGGCCCGGAACCUGGUGACGAAUUGGACGACGACGAUGACGAGAGCGAGGACGAUUCCGAAGUCGGUUCUGAGGACGAGGAAGACGGCGGCGACGUGGAGGGCAAGGGGGGUCCGUUGUCUCGACAGAUCGUGUACUGUCCCAUCGACAACUUGCCGCCCGAGUACUGCGAGUACGGGCCGAGCUUCCACGAAUGCAAGCCGUGGCUGGUCGAGCACGUGCCGACGUUGUUUAUCCAAAAGUACAACCGAACCAUUUCCGAUUUGGUAGACGUGGAAGCGCAGAUCGCCGCGGGCGUCGAAGGCAUCACGCUCGAAGCCGAGGGGUCCAAGAGCGUCAAGAAGAAAAAAACCAAGGCAGACGCCGAGGGCAACGCCAAGGCGGGCGGGAACGUGUACGUGGAGCGAUUCCAGCGGCAGAAGAAGAAGUUUGUGACUGUCGUGGCCGGCCUCGACGAGUACAAAUCCCUCGACCUGAAGGACGUGGCCAAGAAGAUGGGCAAGAAGUUUGCAUGCAGCGCGUCCUUGAACAAGCUGGACGGCGGCAAGGCGCAGAUUCAACUGCAAGGCGAUGUGCAGCAUGAACUGCCGCAUUGGCUGGUGGAAGAGUUUGAUAUCCCCGAAGCGAAUUUGUACCUGUUGGAGAAGGGCAAAAGCGAGCGAGCGUUUUAACCAAUCAAAAAACGAUUCAUCGCUGCACCCGUCACGUGAUUGGCUGAUGAUACAUACUACCUACUACGUAGUACUACUAGUAGUACAUAGUUACUGCCGAAUGUUUCGAAUGAAAUGAAAUGGUCCUACUAAAGUUUA